GAACUCACUAGGGCGAGCGAUCCCGAGCGCUCGGCAUUGUGGCCGGCGACUGGGGCUGGUGGAGGCGCCGGAGCCACGGGGCGGCAAGGCGCAGGGGGGCGCGCUCCGGGGCUCAGACUGCGCGGCGCCGGCCGCUGAGAGCGCCGCUGUGCGCACUCCGCUUCCGCAGCGCAACUUCGGCGCCGGAGCCCGGGGAGCGCUUGGAGCCCCGAAGCCCGCGCAGCGCACAGAAGGGCUCUCCGGAGUCUGGCUCGAGAGCAGGCGCCGGGCACCCAUCGGGCUCUGAGCAUCAGGCGGCCCUGCGCGCAGCGUGGCUGCCGCUGCCCUCACGGAAGGCACGGGCUGGCGCGGCCGGGCGCCGGGGAGGACGGCGAGGAGGAGGCGGCGGCGGCGGAGACGGCGACGGCGAGGCUGGGGCCAGGGAGAGAGCCCCGGGGGAGAGGCGCCGGAGCCGGGCUGCGGGAGCAUGUGGGCCCGGAGCGGAGCGCGGAGCGCGCUGCUGCUGGCGCUGCUGCUCUGCUGGCACCCGAGGCUGAGCCAAGCAGGCCCUGAUUCUGGCAGCGAGGUGCUUCCCGACUCCUUCCCCUCAGCACCGGCUGAGCCGCUGCCCCACUUCCUUCAGGAGCCGCAGGACGCCUACAUCGUGAAGAACAAGCCUGUGGAGCUGCGCUGUCGUGCCUUUCCCGCCACCCAGAUCUACUUCAAGUGCAAUGGCGAGUGGGUCAGCCAGAAUGACCACGUCACACAGGAGGGCCUGGACGAGGCCACCGGCCUGAGGCUGCGAGAGGUGCAGAUUGAGGUGUCCCGGCAGCAGGUGGAGGAGCUGUUCGGGCUGGAGGAUUACUGGUGCCAGUGCGUGGCCUGGAGCUCAGCGGGCACCACCAAGAGUCGCCGGGCCUACGUCCGCAUUGCCUACCUGCGCAAGAACUUUGAUCAGGAGCCUCUGGGCAAGGAGGUGCCCCUGGACCAUGAAGUCCUCCUGCAGUGCCGCCCACCAGAGGGGGUGCCUGUAGCGGAGGUGGAAUGGCUCAAGAACGAGGAUGUCAUCGACCCUACCCAGGACACCAACUUCCUGCUCACCAUCGACCACAACCUCAUCAUCCGCCAGGCCCGCCUGUCGGAUACAGCCAACUACACCUGCGUGGCCAAGAACAUCGUGGCCAAGCGCCGGAGCACCACAGCCACCAUCAUCGUCUAUGUGAACGGUGGCUGGUCCAGCUGGGCAGAGUGGUCACCCUGCUCCAACCGCUGUGGUCGAGGCUGGCAGAAGCGCACGCGGACCUGCACCAACCCAGCCCCCCUGAAUGGAGGAGCAUUCUGUGAGGGCCAGGCCUUCCAGAAGACCGCCUGCACCACAGUGUGUCCAGUGGACGGAGCGUGGACCGAGUGGAGCAAGUGGUCAGCCUGCAGCACCGAGUGUGCCCACUGGCGCAGCCGUGAAUGCAUGGCGCCCCCGCCGCAGAACGGCGGUCGAGACUGUAGUGGGACGCUGCUUGACUCCAAGAACUGCACCGACGGGCUGUGCAUGCAGAAUAAGAAAACUCUAAGUGACCCCAAAAGCCACCUCCUGGAGCCCUCUGGGGACGUGGCACUGUACGCCGGCCUUGUGGUGUCCGUCUUCGUGGUCGUGGUGGUCCUCCUGGUGGUGGGAGUGGUGGUAUACCGCCGCAGCUGCCGCGACUUCGACACUGACAUCACUGACUCAUCUGCUGCCCUCACUGGUGGCUUCCACCCUGUCAACUUCAAGACUGCAAGGCCCAACAACCCACAGCUCCUUCACCCCUCUGUGCCCCCCGACCUGACGGCCAGCGCUGGCAUCUACCGUGGGCCCGUGUAUGCCCUGCAGGACUCAGCUGACAAGAUCCCCAUGACGAACUCACCUCUGCUGGACCCUCUGCCAAGCCUCAAAAUCAAGGUCUACAACUCCAACACCACCAGCUCUGCACCAGGCCUGCCUGACGGGGCUGAUCUGCUGGGGGUCCUCCCACCUGGCACCUACCCAGGAGACUUCCCCCGAGAUGCCCACUUCCUGCACCUGCGCAGUGCCAGCCUCGGCUCCCAGCAGCUCCUAGGCCUGCCCCGGGACCCGGGGAGCAGCGUCAGCAGCACCUUCGGCUGCUUGGGUGGGAGACUCAGCAUCCCCGGCACAGGGGUCAGCCUGCUGGUGCCCAAUGGAGCCAUUCCCCAGGGCAAGUUCUACGAGAUCUACCUGCUGAUAAACAAGGCAGAAAACACCCUCCCACUUUCGGAAGGGACCCAGACAGUAUUGAGCCCCUCAGUGACCUGUGGGCCCACUGGCCUCCUCCUGUGCCGCCCAGUCAUCCUCACUGUGCCUCACUGUGCAGAAGUCAAUGCUGGUGACUGGAUCUUCCAGCUCAAGACCCAAGCCCACCAGGGCCACUGGGAGGAGGUGGUGACCCUGGAUGAAGAAACCCUGAACACCCCCUGCUACUGCCAGCUGGAGGCCAGGUCCUGCCACAUCCUGUUGGACCAGCUGGGUACCUACGUGUUCACAGGAGAGUCCUACUCCCGCUCUGCGGUCAAGAGGCUCCAGCUGGCCAUCUUCGCCCCCGCCCUCUGUACCUCCCUCGAGUACAGUCUCAGGGUUUACUGCCUGGAGGAUACCCCCGUAGCACUGAAGGAGGUGCUAGAGCUGGAGCGGACACUGGGUGGCUACCUGGUGGAGGAACCCAAACCCCUGCUGUUUAAGGACAGUUACCACAACCUUCGCCUCUCCCUCCACGACAUCCCCCAUGCCCACUGGAGGAGCAAACUGCUGGCCAAGUACCAGGAGAUCCCGUUCUAUCACAUCUGGAGCGGCAGCCAGAAGGCCCUUCACUGCACCUUCACCCUGGAGCGCCUCAGCCUGGCCUCCACAGAGCUCACCUGUAAGAUCUGUGUGCGCCAGGUGGAAGGGGAGGGCCAGAUAUUCCAGCUGCACACGACGCUGGCCGAGACGGCUGCUGGCUCCCUGGAUGCCCUCUGCUCUGCCCCCAAUAGUACUGUUACCACACAACUGGGACCCUAUGCCUUCAAGAUCCCACUCUCCAUUCGUCAGAAAAUAUGCAACAGCCUUGACGCCCCCAACUCUCGGGGCAACGAUUGGCGACUGCUGGCCCAGAAGCUUUCCAUGGACCGGUACCUGAACUACUUUGCCACCAAAGCGAGCCCCACGGGCGUGAUCCUGGACCUCUGGGAAGCUCUGCAGCAGGACGAUGGGGACCUCAAUAGCCUGGCCAGUGCCUUGGAGGAGAUGGGCAAAAGUGAGAUGCUGGUGGCCAUGGCCACUGACGGGGACUGCUGAGCUGCCUUCGGACACAGGCCAGCGGGACCAGCAGGAGGCAGGCAUGAGAGGCCUGGGGAAGCCUCCUAAGGGGACCUUGAGCCUCUGCUGCCACCAGCUCACAGCGGAGCAGCUCUCUCCUCGCUGCCCAGCCCUGACCACGACCAGCCUUAGAAAAAUCCAUGUACUCUCUUGACCAUCUCUGUCCCCUGACACGUCUCUGGCCUCAGCCCUCUCUGCGGGGACAGGGUUGAGACAGAGGCCUCUGGUGGCAGGUAUAGGGGACAGAGGCCACUCUCCUUUUCACACCCCACCCUCUGCGGGGACUUCCUUUCACACUGUUUUCUUUUCCCUCUUCAUUUUCUCCCUUCAUUACCCGUUUCUUCCUCCUCCCCACCUCCUUCACACAGUUUUGCUCUUUGAAGAGUUAAGUACAGACAAACUGCUUUCUCCUGUCCAAAAGAAAAAAAAACCGCACAGAAAAAAGAAAGAAGGCUUCACACCACUAGUAAGGCUCGAAGAAGAAGAAAAACACCGAACUACAAGGGAAAAGAAAACCCAGUUUCCUAGGAAACGCAAAUGAUUUAUUAUCCAGAUAUUUGGAUAAGUCCUUUUUAAGAAAAAAAAAAAAAGACAAUGAAAAACAACACA